CAGUGUUUUUUCAGUGCGAUGGAUUCUCAGGACUUUGGCUUCCCUUUUCCUCCCUACAAGAUCCAGCAGGACUUCAUGACUGCCUUGCACGAGGUGAUUGAGGAGAGACAAAUUGGAAUCUUCGAGAGUCCGACAGGAACUGGGAAGACGCUGAGUCUGCUCUGUGGCGCUCUGACUUGGUUGCGGCGUCACGAGGAGCGGCUGAAGGAGGAUUUGAGGCUGAAGCUGAAGGAUUUACAGCACACAAUAGCGGAGGAGGAGAAGAAUUCCUCGUCGUCCUGUGAUUGGAUUGACAGUCAGUACGCGACGAUCAAGUUGAAGGAGGAUUUGACGUCGCAGAAGCAACUCCUGGACAAGAUUCUGGAGUAUGAGAAGAGAAUCGAGGCGAUCCGGGCGAAGAAAGGCAAGGAGACGAGGAGAAAGAGGAACUUCAGGACUAGAGAGCAGGAAAAGUGUGACGAUGAGGAAGCUGGUGAGAAGCCUGUGGAGGAUGUGGAGGAUUUCGCUCUGGAUGACGUUGAGCAGGAAGAUGAGCUGCCGGAGGAAAUCCCUGAGGAACAGUACAAGAACACGAAGAUCUUCUUCUGCAGUCGCACGCAUUCGCAGCUCUCUCAGGUGAUUGACGAGGUGAGGAAGACAAAGUUUGCCGGGAAUCUGCGCGUUGUGUCGCUGGCGUCCAGACAGAACUUCUGCGUGAAUCAGGAAGUCAAGGAUCUCCGAUCGGCCGCUCUGAUCAACGAGAAGUGUCUGGAUUUGCAGCGGAAUCGCUCCAAGGCGACUUCAGUGGAGGAAAGUGGCAAAAUCCUGAAGAGGAAGCGCGGCAGAGGAUGUGAAUUUCUCCGGGAGAGCGCCGUUGAGAGUCUGAGGAACGCUGCCAUUUCGAAGGUUCUGGACAUCGAGGAGAUCGCCGAUGCGGGCAGGAUGGAAAAGGCGUGUCCCUACUACGCCAGCCGGGCAGCUCUUCCGGACGCCCAACUCGUGCUGCUGCCCUACCAGAUGAUCUUCCACAGGCGCACGAGAGAGCAGAUGGGAAUCGACUUGAGGGAUUCCGUGAUUAUCAUUGACGAGGCUCACAAUCUCCUGGAGACUGUGUCGUCGAUCCACUGCGCAGAGAUCGAUCUGGAGCAGCUGAAGGAAGCUCAUGGACAGCUGACGGCGUAUCGCGACAGAUAUCUGAAGAGAUUCAGCACGCGGAACCUUCUGAAGCUCAACCAGUUGAUCUUUGUGGCCGGCAGACUGGUGAAGAUGCUUCCUGUCGCCCAGACUGGCCACAGAGUCUGCCUCACGCACCAGUUCAUGUCCGAGGGCGAGUUCUUCAGCAUCAAUCUCCACGAAUUGCUGAUGUUCUGCGAGAAGACUCGCUUGGCGCAGAAAGUUCACGGAUUCUCAGUGAAUUUCGGUGGGAAAAUCCCUGAAGCUGAGCCGAAGAAGUCCGCCACUCAGCUUUUGCUGGAGAAACUGGAGCAGAAGAAGCCGAAGAAGCCACAAAUUCCUGCUGUUCAGGAGGAAGAGGAGCCCAGAAAGAAGCCUUCGUCAGUCAUUCGUCCUCUCCUGGCUUUCCUCCAGUGUCUCACGGAAGACAUCGCGGACGGCAGGAUCCUGCUCUCCUGGGAUGUCAAGCCGCGCAUGAAGUACAUCCUGUUGAAGCCUGACGCCCACUUCGCGGCCAUCCUGGCGGAGUGCAGAGCUGUGAUUGUCGCCGGCGGCACAAUGCAGCCGACGAGUGAACUGCGCGAGCAGCUCUUCUUCCGCCACAAGGCGCGCAUCAGGGAACACAUCUUCGACCACGUGGUGUCCAGAGACGCCGUGCUGCCCAUUGUGGUGCCUCGUGGGCCCACGGGAAAGCCUCUGUGUCUCAAUUUCGCCUCCAGAAGCUCCAGAGAUUCUCUGGCGGCGAUCGCGAUGAGCCUCCAGAAUCUGUGCAAUGUGAUUCCGGCAGGAAUUGUCGUCUUCCUGGGCUCCUACGACUAUCUGGACGUGGUGUUCCGGCAUCUGGACGAGAGUGGCGUGCUGGAGAGGAUUCGCGCAAGGAAGAGCGUCUUCAGAGAGCCCCGACAAGGCGGAGCGCGAGUUGAGAAGUUGCUCAGCGAAUACGCGAGCGCUGUCGCUCGCGGGGGCGCUAUUAUGUUCAGUGUCGUGGGAGGGAAACUGUCAGAGGGACUGAACUUCUCAGACGAUCUCGGCAGAUGCGUUUUGGUCGUGGGAUUGCCGUAUCCCAACAAGAACAGCCCAGAAUUGGUGGAGAAGAUGAAACACUGCGACGCGAUCCUUCGGCCAGGCGCUGGGAAUGAGUUCUACGAGAAUCUGUGCAUGAAGGCGGUGAAUCAGUGCAUAGGACGAGCUGUUCGCCACAUCAACGAUUACGCCAGUGUUAUCCUUCUGGACGAGCGAUACGCUCAGGAGAGAACGUCACAGAAGCUUCCCGGGUGGAUUAGGCGGAGCCUGAAGGAGGCCAGCAACUUCGGCAUGGCUCAGAGUCUGCUGGUGAAGUUCUUCAGGGAGAAACGGGCGAAAGAUCGCUGCUGACGAUGGGAAUACUGGGAAUUGUGCCAAUUUGCGUCUUCUUCUGUGCCCUAACCUCGGCCUCGGGCGCUGAAGAGCCCUCCAUCAACAUCACACC